AUGUCCGCCUUUGCAGAUGGGACGGCAGGCCAACGUGCUCGUGGUGGCGGAAAGCGCAACGGCGGCAGGGCUGCCGCGGCCAAGGGCAGUCCCUCGGGCAGGCAGUCGCAGGAUGCGGAUGGGGGCGACGAGGGGGAUCAUGCCGAGCCGGUCACUACCCGUGGUGGCGGAAAGCGCAACGGCGGCAGGGCUGCCGCGGCUAAGGCCGAUCCCUCGGGCAGGCCGGCGCAGGAUGCGGAUGGAGGCGACGAGGGGGAUCAUGCCGGGCCGGAAGCUCGUGGUGGCGGAAAGCGCAUCGGCGGCAGGGCUGCCGCGACCAAGGGCGGUCCCUCGGGCUCGCAGGAUGCGGAUGGUGGCGACGAGAAGGAUCAUCCCGAGCCGGAAGCUCGUGGUGGCGGCAUGCGCAACGGCGGCAGGGCUGCCGCGGCUAAGGGCGGUCCCUCGGGCAGGCAGACGCAGGAUGCGGAUGGUGGCGACGAGAAGGAUCAUGCCGAGCCGGAAGCUCGUGGUGGCGGCAUGCGCAACGGCGGCAGGGCUGCCGCGGCUAAGGCCGAUCCCUCGGGCAGGCCGUCGCAGGAUGCGGAUGGAGGCGACGAGGGGGAUCAUGCCGAGCCAGAAGCUCGUGGUGGCGGCAUGCGCAACGGCGGUAGGGCUGCCGCGGCCAAGGGCGGUCCCUCGGGCUCGCAGGAUGCGGAUGGUGGCGACGAGAAGGAUCAUGCCGAGCCGGAAGCUCGUGGUGGCGGCAUGCGCAACGGCGGCAGGGCUGCCGCGGCUAAGGGCGGUCCCUCGGGCAGGCACUCGCAGGAUGCGGAUGGUGGCGACGAGAAGGAUCAUGCCGUGCCUGCAUGCCGUGGCGUUAACGAUCAUGAUGAGGACGAGCCAGCAGCAGUGACUGAUGGGAAAGGUGGACGUGAAGCUGUGAUUCCGUACCAACGGCGCAAGGCUGUGGAUCCGGGCAGUUGCGACCAUAAGGCGAGACAAGCUCGGCACGGCCCCAAUGUGCACGUUUCGAGCUCGUCUGGUUCCGAGGAAGAUUCGAGCGACAGUGAGUCGAGCAGCUCAUCCGGGAGUGAGGAGGUAUACGAGGACGAGGAUGAGGAGGAGGAGGACGAGGAUGAUGAGGAGUUGGAGCCGGAGAGCGAGGAUGGGGAGGAGGCUCGGCCUUUGAAGAGGAGGAGUGUGCGGAAGCUCAAGAAGGGCAACGCUAAGCAAAAAUCGGAGAGGGGACGGGUGAAGAGCUGUAAACAGAGUGUGCGUCGUGCCAAACCACAUGGCAAGCGCCAGAGACCUCGAUUCGAAGCUAAAAUUGUGGGUGUUCGUAGCAAGGCGAAGCGGGAGUUGAAUUUUUACGAGUCCAUGGGGAUACGAUGUACAUCAAGCUCUCAUGAUCGGCAAGCCGCGGACCCGUACGCUGCGUUACGCGAUCCGAUGGGUUCGGCUGGGAAGGGAGAUCCGAUGGCUUGGGGGUCAGCGCGGUUCGGCACGGAAGCGACGGACCCGCCCCCCAACCAUAUGGGGGGUCGCGCGGUUCAUGUGAAAAACGAGGGGGCAACGAAGCGGCACGAACCCUCGGCAGCUGCAGCAGCGAAUGACGGUGUGGGAGGAGGUGUGUGGGCGAAUGCCUUGGGUGAAUGUGGCGGCGGUGUGGAAGGCUCCAUGUGGGAUGUACGGGAGAGCAAGGGAGAAGGGGGGGACGAGAAAAUGGAUCCGGCGACUAAGGAGGGGAGGGGAGAGAGCAUGGGCACACCUGGCGCAUCCAGUCGGCCGGAUGUGGCUGGCGGCAGGACUGUGGAGCAGCUCAUGCGAGAGCUUGCCCAGCGGGAUCGCGAAAUCGCUGCACUCAAGGCAAGGCCAGGAUCAGAAGGACCUGUCAAGCCCUGCACCCCUCCAUCUAGGCCUCCUCCUCUAGCAUCUCUGUCAAGCGGCCCAUCUGUAGGGGGCCUCGAUCCAGGCGUGGCGCCAGAAAGCCCAGCGACGGUAGACGUACCGGUCCGUCGAACGCGUGGGAUGCCCACACCCAAGCUGCUGAAGUUAUCCAUCCUCCAUUGGCCCCUCUCUUCCAUCCCUUCCCACCCUAAACCAGAGCCCCUGUUCAUGGUGCUGGUGCUGGUGUGGGUGGCACGCGGCGCAAGGAUAGCUCAUUGUAGCAGUUAUCCUUCUUAUCCCUCCCCCCUCUCUCCCAUCCCUCGCCUAGCUCUUCCAGAGCCCCUGUUCCUGGUGCUGGUGGUGGUGUGGGUGUCAUGCGGCGGAGGGAUAGCUAAGAAUAGCAGUUAUCCUUCAUCUCACUUCCCUCUCUCUCCCAUCCCUCCCCUCCCUCUGCGAGAGCCCCUGUUGAUGGUGCUGGGGGUGGUGUGGGUGUCAUGCGGCGGAGGGAUAGCUAAGCAUAGCAAGCUCAUGUUCAUGGUGCUGGUGGUGGGGUGGGUGUCAUGCGGCGGAGUGAUCGUAAAUCGCAGCAGUUAUCCUUCCCAUCCCUCCCCCCUCUCUCCCAUCCCUCCCCUCCCUCUGCGAGAGCCCAUGUUCAUGGUGCUGGGGGUGGUGUGGGUGUCAUGCGGCGGAGGGAUAGCUAAGCAUAGCAGUCAUCCUUCAUCUCACUCCCCUCUCUCUCCCAUCCCUCCCCUCCCUCUGCGAGAGCCCAUGUUCAUGGUGCUGGGGGUGGUGUGGGUGUCAUGCGGCGGAGGGAUAGCUAAGCAUAGCACCCAUGUUCAUGGUGCUGUUGUUGGUAUGGGAGCCAUGCGGCACAGUGAUGGCAACAGCCCUCUCUCUCAACCUCUGAAUUCCGCCCUUCAUUCGGAGGCAUCACUCAAUUUUACGUUUCCAAUCCACCCGUCCGUCAUAGCUCUCCCCUUCCCUCCCGCCAUCCCGUUCUCUCCCUCCCUCCAUUUCUCUUCAGCCCUCCCCUUCUAUCCCGCCCUCCAUGUCUCUCCUGCCCUCCCCCUCUCUCCUGCCCUCCCCCUCUCCCCUGCCCUCCCCUUCUCUCCUGCCCUCCCCUUCUCUCCCGCCCUUCCCUGCUCUACUGCCCUCCAGCCAACCCUCCAUUCAUUCUAUACCGCCCUCCACUUCGUCCAUACCCUUUGGACAACCCCUAACCAUGUCGUGCAUGAUCUUCGUCCCCGCCUUGUCCUGCGUGCGCGCAAGAGGGAAUCAGCGGGUCAGCUCGUGGGGAAACAGCAGAGACGGGCUCCCGUUUGCCAACGGUCGGGCUUGGCAAAGGUUAAGAAGACCGACUGGAACGUCUCGAACUCCCACCGCAAGAACACCGAGUGGAUGACGGGUUUGCACCGAAAUGUGCGGUGGAUUAUCAAGGACCACUUCACACGCCACACCCCCGUGUACAACACAGUCGUGCAGGGCUUCAAGUGGGGCGACCGUGGCCUGUAUGUUCACGAGUCAGGAUUUGAGGCGUUCAAGGGGACGGCCGCGCCUGACGAGGAGAAGAAGGACUUGAAGGAGGAAGAGCAGGAGGUUUACGACGCGGAGGACUUGAAGACGGAUGACGAGGAGGAUGACGAGGAUCAGGAGGAGGAGGAGGAGGAGGAGGAGGAGGAGGAGGAGGAGGAGGAGGAGGAGGAGGAGGAGGAGGAGGAGGAGGAGGAGGAUGAGGAGGAGGAGGAACAUCGGGUGGCCCCAUGCCCGCUCCCUAUGUGGUCACUGCGCCCUCCGCCUCUCCUCAAACAACGCCGCCGUCGCUGUAGCCUCCUCCCCCGCCCCGCGUCCCGCAACAACUUCUCCGAGCAAGGGGAGGGCGAGAGGGCACGGGCACGGGAGGUGGCGACCACGGCGAAGAGAAGUGGGGGCGAGAGGGCACGGCGGUGGCUGAUGGACGAGCUGGGGGCGCUGGGCGUGGACAGCGGGGAAGAGAAGUGGGGGAGGCGGGGAGUGGGGGUGGGUGAGGUCCGUUCUGUGAGAAUGAUGGGGAGGGGGAAGGGGAGAGCGCAAUGGAGAAGGGUGCGUGGGGCCGGUGUGCACGAGUGA